AUGUCGUUCUUUAACUUUAAAGGAUUUGGUAGAAAUUCAAAGAAGAAUAAGAUCCAACAGCAUGCCCUGGGGAGUUCUCCCGCUCCGCCUGUAAACAACGUUUACUCCAGCUCUCAUAAUAGUGGAUCAAAACUGUCUUUAACGAAAAAUCAGUCGCCUUCGAGAUAUUCCCAGGCAAGUUUCCCAUCACUUCAACAACAGCAUACCCAGCAAUCUAGUUCAGCAACUGAACAGUCUCCGGAGAGAAACGAUUCUCAGCAAAUUAUGUUCUUAAGCGAACCGUUCGUAAGGACGGCGUUGGUCAAAGGCUCCUUUAAGACAAUUGUUCAACUACCCAAGUAUGUGGAUAUUGGGGAAUGGGUAGCCCUUAACGUCUUUGAAUUUUUCACGAACUUAAACCAGUUUUACGGGGUGAUAGCUGAGUAUGUGACUCCCGACGCAUAUCCAACUAUGAACGCGGGACCUCACACUGAUUAUUUGUGGUUAGAUGCAAAUAGCAGACAGGUUUCUCUGCCGGCUAGUCAAUAUAUUGACCUAGCACUGACGUGGAUCAAUAAUAAAGUCAAUGACAAAAAUCUGUUCCCAACAAAAAAUGGCAUACCGUUUCCUCAAGUCUUCUUUAAAGAUGUUCAAAGGAUAAUGGUUCAAAUGUUCAGAAUAUUCGCACAUACAUACCAUCAUCAUUUUGACAAGAUUGUUCAUCUAUCGCUGGAAGCCCACUGGAACUCGUUCUUUGCACAUUUCGUAAGUUUCUCGAAAGAGUUUAACGUCAUAGAGAGGAAAGAAAUGUAUCCUUUACUACCGUUGAUCGAAAGUUUAGAAGCUCAGGGAAAGAUAAUUUAG